GUUCGCGCUCCGCCCCUGCCAAGAUCUGAUGCCGACGGCGGUUGACUCCGCCUUCGGAUUACACACUGAUACGGCGUGAUGCGCACGACUUUUGCCUAUUCUCUGCUUGCCAUUGCCGUUACCGUACUCUCAUUCUACCCGCAUACUUUGGCAGCAGAAGAUGGCCGUCUGCGAAUGUGUCCGCCAGGUGGUAGCAGCUUCACUAUGGCUUGGUCAAUGGCGUGCACAAUGCGGCGAAAGCGGGAUGUCACACAGAAAAAACGAUUCUGGAAGCGUGCUCUAAUUGCUCCAUCAAUUCGUCAAUUGCAAACGAUAUGUUGUGAUGUUGGUUGCAAUGUGAGCGAUUUAUUGGCGUACUGUGGGCCAUUAUCAGGAUGGUAGAAAGCUCUUAAAAUGGCCAAUUUGUGAUUUCUUUGGGUUCUCCUUGCCUAUCUCAGCUAAGCGGUCUGAUUCAAAUACAUUCUGUAGCACUCCUAGAUUUUCCUAAUUGUUGCGAUCAACUUGUGCGUCAUAUUUCUCACACACUUAUGUGUAUGCAAAUCCGUUUGCUGCUUCUAGUUUGUCGAAUUGCAUACAUAGGUUUCGUUUUACUGUUUUCUUGCUGUUUUUUCGAUGUUCUGGGGCGAAUAAAGAUGGAAGAAUGUU